UGAACCUUGAGACGCGGCGGCACAAGAGCUGGGUUGUGGAUUUAGAGUCUUCUAGGUCACGUGGCGAUAAAGACGUGAGAGGUAGCCUUGGGAACGACCAUUUUUAUCAGCCUUGGACUUCCGUGUCUCAACAACGUGAACAUUGCGCCCCCAUAAAUUGUAACUGUCGAGGGACACAGUUGGCGCUAUAGAAACAUUACUUUCGCCAUGUCUUCCUUUGGUGGAAAGCGCAAGGCGCGCAAAAUCCUGGUCAACGACGACGACGACCAGACAACAACAUCACCAGCAUCCGUUGAACCCAAGGCCACAGCUGAACAAAAACCAACUACAACCUCGCACGCCCGAUCUAAACCUUUCAAGAAAUCAGCCUUGCGCCACAGUAUCGCCUUCGAUGACGAACAGUCGCAAGACACCUCUGGCACCGAUGGAGGCAGUGAACCCAAGCCAAUCCGUGAGGUUGACUUUGGGCCAACACGACCAGGUGGCAAACGGGCAGGACAGACCAAGAAGAAGCCAGCGGCUUCGCGGCUGUCCUUUGGGCCUGGAGAAAUAAUAUCCGGAGAUGAUGCUGCGGCAUUGGAAGAAGAUGAGACUUUUACGCCCAAGAAAGCGGCUCCGAGACGAGGCAUCGAGGGGAAUAAUGUACGGCUGAGGUUACCGGCAUACCAGCGGGGGCGUGAAGGAGAGGAGGAGGAGCGGCCGACUUAUAGCAAAGAUUACUUAGAGGAGCUGAAGAUGAGCACGAAGAGCACGCCGAAGGACUUACAAAAGUUUCCCACCCAGGAUGCUGAGGAAGAGGGGCUGGAUGCGAGCGAGCUCGAGGGCGCGACGGUGGUAGAACCCAGUGGCGAGUUAUUAUCGCGUCGCGACAAGGAUAAGGCGUAUAUCCCCACCGAAGCUGAGAUCGCAGAGAAAAAGCAACGGAGAGCAAGGCUCGCGCAGGAGCAAGAUUUCAUAUCUCUCGACGACGGAGGGGAUAGGAGUCAAAUAGGACAGAUCUCGCUGCUACCAAGCCGAAAGAAGGAGACUCGGCUAGUUCGAGAUGACGAGGACGUUAUGGAGGGGUUUGAAGACUUCGUUGACGAUGGCCGAAUCUCCCUCGACAAGAAGGCGCAGCGCAAGGCGCAAAGGCAGCAGAAGAAAAUAAUUGCUCAGGCGAUCCAGGAGGCGGAGGGUAGCUCGUCCGAAGAGUCUGACGACUCAGAGGCUGAACGGCGUGCAGAGUAUGAAGCGGCGCAGACCCGUGCAGGGAUGGAUGGGCUGAAGAAACUCGACGCGACGCAGGCGGCGGCGAUAGUUCCACCAAAGGUCACGCCCAUACCAAGUCUAUCAGAGUGCUUGGCGCGAUUGCGGACAUCGUUGAACGAAGCAGAACAGGAGUCCACGAAGCGCAGCUGGAGGAUGGGCGAGCUGGUGAGAGAGAAGGCGGAGAUUGUUGCGCGGGAGCAGGAAGUGCAGAGGUUGCUGCGAGAGGCGGGGGAGAGAUAUUCAGCGCUGAGGGGUGAUUCGAAUUUACCUCCCGUUGACACGGCGGAUCCGAUGGCGUUCCCGUUGGUUGGGGAUGGGUUUAGGGAGGCGACGAGUAGGAAUCGGGGGCUGGAGAGUUUUGGGAAUACGCCAGUGGGGAUUUCGGGGGUGGAGGAUGCGGAACGAGGGAUGAGUGACUGUAGCUCUCUUUCGAGGAUACGUUAGUGUAAGAAUACCCAAAUUUAUAACGUAACUCUCGAAACUUAAUAUAGGCAUUGUUAUAUACGAUUCUCUGCGUAUAUAUUUUUCGUGAUUCAUAUCAGUUAGCAAUCGUCUAUGAACAU